AUGACACUCACUUCCUGUCUGCGUGUUUGCAGGUUGUUCGGCAUCAAGUGCCCGCAGUGCUUCCAGGCCGUCGGCAAGAACGACGUGGUGAUGCGCGUGCGUAACAAGAUCUUCCACCAGGAGUGCUUCCGGUGUGUCGUGUGCCAGAGCGAACUCAAGCCCGGGGACGAGUUCGCGCUGAGAGACGAGAACCUCUUGUACUGCAAACGAGACAAUGAAAGUCUGGAGCGGGACACGCCCCCCUCGUGCCAUGACCUGGGCAGUCCCGGCAGCGCCUGCAGUGGCGGGGGCGCCCACUACGGCAACAACAAUAACAGCAACAUUGUGAACAAUAACAACAACAACAGUAGUGUAAACAAUAACAACACCAUCAGUGGAAGUAAAGAUGGCAAAGAGAGCGAAGGGAAGCGAGGAACAGGAGCAGGUCGAGAAGCGGGCGGCGGCAAGUCCCGGCCCUUACACAAGUCGGGUGACCACAAGACCACCCGAGUGCGGACCGUGUUGAACGAGAAGCAGUUGCACACCUUGCGCACCUGCUACAACGCCAACCCGCGGCCUGACGCGCUGAUGAAGGAGCAGCUGACGGAGAUGACGGGCCUGUCGCCGCGGGUCAUCCGGGUGUGGUUCCAGAACAAGCGCUGCAAGGACAAGAAGCGGUCCAUGCUGAUGAAGCAGUUGCAGCAGCAGCAGGAGAAGGUGAGUGUGAUGCAGAGCGGACAGCUUCAACGACCGUUGAACGGCGUUCCCAUGGUGGCGUCAUCACCAGUGCGUCACGAGGGUCCACCCGGUCUGCAAGCCAACCCAGUGGAAGUGCAGAGCUACCAGACGCCGUGGAAGGCCCUCAGCGAGUUCGCCAUGCAGGGCGACCUCGACCACCAGCAUCCUCCCUUCCAGCAACUGAUGAACACGUUCGAACAUUUGGACCCAGGAUGCAACGGGUCCCCGCAGCACAGUGAGAUCAUGCUGCAGCACGGGUACCACCACCUACCCCACGACGACAUGCCCAACUCUGUGGGCUCCGACUUCCCCACCACCCCGUCGGAGCUGUCCAGCCCCAUGUCGCAAUGACGCUUGCUCGCAGAGCCCUGCCAGGACGGCGCCACCAGGGACUGCCGAGUGCUGAUGGCUUGGAACUGAGGAGACAACCGUGCACUGGUCUCGACCCUUGUCCUCGCCAGUUCCUUGGACCCGAUGUGGCCAUCUCCCCACGACAGCACAAUGAUUCCGAACCUCGAACGGAACUUCAUCUCCAUCUGUUGUGUUGUUGGGGGAAUCGGCGACUUCGAAGGCGAUAGAGAAAGACAUCCACCCUCCAUCUCCCUUCUUUUAUCUCUGGCGCCAAACUUCAGAACUGGCAGUGCUCCGCGAAGCAAGAAUCCGGUACGGUGACGUGUGCGUGCGCACCUCUCUGGCACCCGAGGACCUGAGUUGCUGACGUCACUCCACCCUGAGUUUCUUGGACAGAUCGAGGAUCGUAGAUGCGCAGGAGAGACAAAAGUCACUGAAGACGAGUGUUAAAGAAAUGUUUAGAGGACAUAUUCAUCAGCAAGAUUCUCUCUCGAUCCUCGAGAUUCCCAUGUCUGUUCUGCCGUUACCUGACAGCAAAGGUAUGACGACACCAAGUUCUCUGUCACGGUUUGCUCAUGCUAAGUGGGAGGAACUGUAAGAGACUCGCAUGAAAGAGAAGCGAAUUCUUCGAUUAUUCGAGGAAGAAUCUUGUUUGGACACGUGGCAGCACACUGCAAUACCUUCUUCUUUAAGUAGAGACAGGAUCUUCAGACAUUCUUUUCGAGAGGGACUUUUAUUAUUAUUAGUAGUAGUACAGAGGGGUGGGGUGGAGUGAGCUAAAUCAUGUGAGACUUCAUAACAGGUGCAACAGUGCGUGGAUAAUCGUUGUGACUUGUGGGAAGGAAGGUCGCAGCUCUCAGGUGAACAGGUUUUAUUUCUUGAUUGGAAAGGACUUCACACGUCUGGAGAGAAUCCAGGCCACGUUCCACACCUUGAAUACAAGUGGAGUUGCGGAUGAGUGUCCCGUCGAUUUUUUUUUUCUUUUCUUUUUUUUUUCUUGUGGCAGAAACAUCCCGGCAAAGAGUUGUGUUUGGAGAAAAAAAAAUUACUACAUUCGCCGUGACGGAAAUGUUUAAAAAUCUCGAGAGUAUCUGGCUGGCUUUGGAACUUAUUUUGUGUUUUCAUGACAUUUUCACAGCUGAUCUGUGGAUUCAGAAGAACCUGCUGUAGCAGGCGAACCUUAUCGGAUUUACCGAAAUAAAAUUUUUAAAAGUGACACGGAGAUUCUCGUGUGAGUUUGUGAUGCGACGUGAAGUGAAGCACGUCCUCGCUCCAUCUGCAGUCUGUCAGGUUUUACGGACGCUGCACAUCCACAAACAGUGAUUUCACAAACAAACUCCUGGAGCAAUGACAGCCUCUUGGCUGACUGCUAUGGCAACAGCACCAGCAAGCUGACAGUUUGUGUUCUAUGAAUACUUUUUUUUUUGAAGAGAGCUGUCGUAUUUUUUGUGUUUGUUUGUUUGUUUGUUUUCUUUAUCCCUUAUCCCCCUUUCUGUUUCGUGGUGUUGUCAGUCUGCCUUAUCUAAAGAUCCACUGAAGCCAUGUUGUGAUUGUGUCAAGUGUAAAUUUACGAUGGGCAACAGUGCGUCUUACCAUUGCAAGGUUAGGGUGGGCAUCUUGAUAACCUCGACCUUUCUUCUCCCGUGAACACACCCCUUUCUGCUGGGUGUUCUUCGCUCAUCUUGUUCGUCAGGACACCUCCAAAAGAGCACACAAAUGAUUCUAUUUUCCCCCAAAUCGCAAAACUACCAGUAGCAUGUGCUUUGGUGCGAAGGUUGCCAUGCUCCGAAGUGGAAAAUGCGCGUUUCGUAAACCUCAGACGUUUGCUGAAAACGUUUGUCUGAAAGCGAACGGUGUCCGCAGAUUGUGAGAAUAACAAGACCUUAGUUUUACUCUCAGGUAUUCCCUAUCCCCGACAUUUUCACCUUCUUAAAGAGAAGCACGAUUUUCAGCCUCCCCCGCCACCUUCCUGUGUACCCCUUGUCACUCGCCAAUCCACCCCACUCCACCCCACUCCACCCCAUUAUCCUCAUGCGUUCUUCUGUGCGUUUGUGCGCUAGAGUGUAAAAGAACUCGUCUAUCUAGAAUCAUCUAAAGCAUUUCCGAGGCAAGACAACACCAGUGUAGGUAACGGAAGGAAAGAGCAGAGAAAAUGAAUUGCUUCCGUGUUUGUAUACGUGUCCUUCAUUCGUACGGAGAGUGAAAAAUUGAAAGAAAGAAAGAAAACAAAUGAAUGAAAAAAGACGGAAGAGUAGAAGAAAGAACGAAAAAGAGAUAAAGUACUUAAAUGGGAUUUAAAAAAUAAUAAUGCGACACUGGUUUUGUGAAAUGUUUCAAACAGCACCGCUAAUAAGUAUUUAUAAAGUUAAAGCAGGCAUAUCAUAAAUUUUCUUUGUUAAUUAAUUGCUAGGAUUGACUAACUGCCGUAGUCGUCUAUCCUCAAGUCCACACACCUCUCUAACAUGCAGUGAGAUGUGGAAUUAGGGAUGGGGAAGGAGGAACUACUCCGAUAAAUAAACUGUUUAAUGUGUUGGGUCAUCUGAUUUCAAGAGUAUGUAAGUCAUCUGCACGCAAAAUAUUUCUUGAUAUAUACACAUUAAGUCAAGUAGAAACUAUUCUGAGUUCGUCAACAAACAAACAAACAAACAUUUUCAGCCACCUCUAGUAAAACUUGUCAAAAGUUUGCUUUUAACAGUUCAGUUUGCUGCCAAGAGUUUAGUGCCCACCCCACAAGUUCCCAGUGUUUAUUUUUCCGGGUGGGUGGAUGUUAAUCGUCUGUCAGUGGCAAAAAAAUCUGGUACGGCGUGCAUGGAAACAAACAAACAAACAAACAAACAAACAAACAAACAAACAAACAAACAAAAAAGUCCAAUCUCUCUAGACCUCUCUUUGCGUGCUGUGUUACAUCAGUAAUGCUGUUUGAUCUGUUUCUACAUGUAUGUUUAUGCUAAUUUAGUUUCAUUAUUUGUUUUUUUUUUAAAUUUCAAUUGCUGCCCUUUAUCCUCUUAGGGAUUCUUUUUCAGAUUGGAAAGUACUAGAUAGGGGUGAAAAUGUUUCAUCGGGGUAAAUUUUUGGGUGAUAAGAAACUUUUCACGAUUAUUUAGUUUCUAUUGUGAAGAUAGCGAAACGAUUGUCACAGUUUUGAAGUUGUUAAAAACAAAAUGAACAUCAAGACUUUCAUCGAUAAAACGUCACUUGUUGGUUUUUUUUUCAAAGCUUUUAGUUUAUACAAUUUUUCUCUGUUUCACAAUAUUAUGAAUUUUCGGUAGAUAUCAAAUCAUCAAUACGUGUUUUUUUUUAAUUUGAAAAAUUAUAGGAAAAUAUUUCAUUAAAUUUGUUUAAAUAAUUUUAAAUAUGCUGAUAUUAUUUUAAAAUAUUUAAAAGCGAAAAGGUUGAAAUUUUUAACCAGAAAAAAGUAUAAUAGCUAAUACUUUACUGAUACAUUAACAUGUAUAAGGAUUUUGACCACUCUUCUACUUUUUCCGAAUAGAGCUGUGCUAUUGUUAAUGAAAUAUUAGUUCUUAUCAUCUUCUUUAGCCGAUACCUCACCCUUUCCUUUUUUAUAAGCAGUUGAGGUUUUCAAUAAUUGUUUGAUAGUUUGAAUGAAAUAUUGUCUGCAAACAGCAGCAAACCGUUGAGCUGAGAAAGGAUGAAGCACCUCCUUGCCCCUCCCAGCCCCACCCCCUCAAAAGAAAUGACUAAUGGGUGGAGGGGAGGGUGUGUUGAGUGUGAGUGGUGGUCCUUGUAGUGUCUCUAUGAUUGAAAACUUCAUUGCCAUUGUCUCCCUCCCGCGUCUGUUCCUCGUCCAGAGGUGGACGUGCACCGGAUGACCAGGACGAGCCCAGGGGAGACAUGCUGAUCAUAUUUACUUAAAUAUGUUCACUUACUGUUCACUGUGUACAGAACGGCAACUUUGUGAGUGUGGGGAUGCAUAAUAAUGUCAAUUAAUAUAAUCUCCGCGGCGUUCUAAUUUGUGAAAACAAGCUAUGUGAAAUGUUUGAACACCUGUAAAUACCUGUCUUACUAUCUGAGUCCGAAAGUGGCGAUUUAUUCUGUACUUUCUUGUCGUAAUUUCUGUUAAUUUAAUUAAAUACAUCACAUUGUCAUGGGAUUUCUUCUGCUCACCUCUGUUAUUAUCUCCCUUUACUUUUUCUUUGCUGCUGUAGUGAACAAAUAAUUUAAGUAAUCUUUUGACUGUCAACACUGCAGGUUAAAAUAAAAAUAAAGAAAUAAAUUGUUGUGCGGACUGAAGACUAGUGUCUUUGUCUCACCACUGCACCUCACUCUAGGUCUUAAGUUCAUUUUCUUGCUGACAUCAUCCGUGUCUCCUUGCAAUGUCUGGUUUUGUUCUCCGUUUAAGUUAUGCAAAUAAAGAAUGGAAUUCGA